ACUAACAAAGUUAAUGGUGUCAUAUAUAUUAAAAAAAUGAGAGGGAGUAAUAACCAAAUAAUAAUUGCAAGAAAAUAAAAGAAACGAAAGAGCGUGUGAGAUGAGAUGAGAGCAGGUAGAAUAGCAAGCUAUAAACCAGCUGCAAAUAUAUUUUAAGGAGAUAAAUAAAGAGAGAUAAGAGCAGCUAGCUAUAGAUUUGUAGCCAGCUGUAGCACAGAAUCUAAGACACAAUGUGUGUAUAACAAGUGAGACUAGGUAUUAAUAGUAUAGUAUGUAACUAUUGUAUAAAUAAGUUAUUAGAUUGACUACAGAUGAAUUGAAGCCAAAUAAUAUUAAUUAAACUUGCUCUGAGAGAGACGUAGUCCAGCUAGCUAAGGCAAAGCCAAGCAGGUCGAGGCGGUUGGUUGGGUGGUAUAUUUGUGGUGGUGGAGGCGGUCAGCACCGCAUUUGCGUUCUUGGAUCCAAACCAACCAAAAGCCAAGCCAUAUAGAGAGAGAGAAGAGGCAAAGGCCAAAUCUUGAGCUUCUUCUUAUUCCUCCUCCUCCAUCUCCUCUCCUCCGAUGCUUCACCUCGUCGCCCUAAAUUUAUCACCCAGAGGCGACUUGGCAAGAGGAGGCCGCGGAGGAGAGAGAGAUUGAUAGGUAGACAGAUAUAGGUAGUGAUCGAUACUAGCUUCAAAAGGAGGGAUUUUUUGUUGUUCUUGGAUCUUUAGAGAGAGAGAGAGAGAGAGAGAGGAGAUGCCGACCGGGGCGAUGAAGAGGCUGUUCGUUGAGUCGUCGUCGUCGGCGGCGGCGUCGAACUCCGGCAGGGAGGCGGCGGUGCUGUGCGCGCCGCGGCCGAGGAGGGUCCAGGUGCACCCUUGCAGCGCUGACCUCAUCCUCGGCCCUCCUCCUUUCCUCCUCUCCUCCAACAACACCAACAAGCAAAGGGAAGGGAAGAGUAAGGAGGAGGAGGAGGAGGGGAGGUGGGAGAUGUUCGGAGGGUCGCCGCCGGCGAGGGCGGACAACCCGCUCGUCCACGACCCGCACUUCCUGCUCAACCAGCGCCCCCACGCCGCCGCCGCCGCCGCCGCGCCGGAGCUCUCGAUUUUUGACCACCGGAGCACCCACCACGGCCACCACCCCGCGUACAGCAGCAGCAGCAGUUUUGCCCCGUCGUUCGCGCCGGCGGUGAGGAUCCAGGGGUUCGACGUCGCCGCCUGCCGGAGCUCGCACGGCAGCGGCGGCGGCGGCCGCGUGCUGUCCGCCCGCGCCUGAUCCGCCGGCGGCGGCUCGCCGACGAACCGCCUGUCCCAAAGGGAACGUAAAAUCCUCAAUCUUGUACAGUUUUCGCCGGCCGCGUUCGCAGUCACCAUGGUGAAGUAUAUAAAGUAAUUUUUAGUACGGUUUUAUUAACAGCAGAUAGUAGGGAGGUUAAUUAAGGAAAAAAAGGAGUUUAGAAACGAUCGCCCGAUGCACAGGAGGAUGAUCAAACCAACCACGGAGGAGGAGAGGAUUUUUAAUCAAUUAUUGUUCUUCUUUUUUUUUUACUGAAUUGGUUUCUGGAUCUCAAGUCUUGUGUUCGUUGAGAUGGAAGAGUCAGGUCAGGUGAGGUGUUUUGUAGAUAUAUGUUGUUCUUGUCCAUGGUGAGAGAGAUAAAGGGCUUGCUUGAGCCAUCACCAUACUACUAGUGCUACUCUACUACUGCCAUGUAAAAAGAAAAAUCCAUGGCUGUACUUGUAAAGAAGAUGUUUGUGUACAUAAACAUGAUGAUGAUGAUGAUGAUAUGGAGCUGUACCAUGUAAUCGGUUCACUCAAAAUC